AUGGAGGAGUUGACGAGGGCAGGGGCGUUGGGGAGGGAUGUGGAGGAUCAUCUGGAGGUGGUCGAGCUGCACACGGGGUCGAGUUUGGUAGAUCUUGCGGAUCAGACGAGGGAAGAAAGAAGUUUCGCUUCCUCCAACGUUGCCGCAGCGGGAGUGGAUGUAGAAGCUCCGGUCAACAGGGAGACACUAUUCCGACUAGUCUCAACUUCGUCACCCGACACGACCCUGACUCGUGAUCACAUCGAUCUCCUUUCUCCAGCUCAAACAUCCUCCACCCUGACGUACGUUAAUUCCCUUCUCGACCUCUCCAACACCACCAACGCAGGUCUCCUGCUAUCCCAUGCAUACACCCGUUACCUCGGCGACCUCUCCGGUGGACAACACAUUCUCAAAAAAGUAUCCAAGCGUUUCCCCAUCCUCGCUUCCACCGACAAACCCCCACAUCUCGGCUUCGAAUUCUACCACUUCACUUCCGGUCAAGACUUGAAAACAAGAUUCCGAACCGCCAUGGAAUCAAACUUCACCUCCCUCCCCGCCGCCCGAAUCCACGCCCUGGUCGUCGAAGCGAACACCGCAUUCGACCUCAACACCGAGAUUUUCGAAUCGCUCCUGCCACCCGACCUUCGUCUCUCCCCGCAGGACAAAGCUCCAUCACCGCACAAGAUUCUUCUCGAGCCGAGUGUGACGGUCAAACCUUGGGCUAGAGGCGAGAUCGCUGCGGUGGGUGGAAUCGUCGUCGCGGCUACGGCUGCGCUUGUCGUAGCGUCCGUGUUGGGCACCAGCAGCGCAGGUGUAGCUGUCCAUGUGUGA